AUGAAACUGCUAUCCGAAAAUUCGCUUCCAUACACUGAGAGCGACAAUUCGGCCCGAGGUACGCGUCAUGGGCGUAACACCACCUCCUCUUCCAUCUCAUGUCAUUCGGAUCCUUUUGCGAAAUCUGGAAUUGAGGUUGGGGAUGGUGUUCAGCUACGCGGCUUCUCAUCUCCCGGUCCUGUCAUGUCUCGCUGCAUGAGCCCAGACCCAACCAGAUUUGUCGCUGAGCGUCCAUCACGACUCAACAAUGCGGACACUGGCCUCACUGUGCCAAAGAUCAAUGGGCCUUCAAGCGAUGAUCAUACUGCUUCCGAAUGGGAGACGGUCGCUGGAGAGGAUGCGUUUGAAAGUCAUGCCGAAUCUUCAACUCGACCACUGAAACGUCGAGGCAACUUCAAUUUUGGGAACAAACAGCAAAACCAGUCUCAGCCUAAUCAGAAUCUCUGGGUACCGCAAAGGCACAACUUUGAGCUCGUCGCACCUCGUGACCCGUCUCUCCAACCGUCCGUGCGAAAUGUGCCGAGAUCAGCUCCCCGUUUGCACUCGUUUCACUCCGCGUCCAGCUUCUACAGCGAAUCACCUCGCAACCAAGACCCAGACAUUUGCGUCCCUUGCGAUCCCGAGAACUAUUCACAGAACAAUCAGGCACAGAAUGCACUCGGGAUGUACUCUCGUGCCUCAUCCGACAGCGAUGAAGACCCUUUCAAGUAUGACACAGAUGCAUACUCGGGCUUUCUACGUUCAUCGGCCGAGCGAGAAGUCAGUAAUGCGCUGCACCAAGCCGGCUUAGCCGUCUCCUCAAAGGAAACUCUCCCGCGAUCUGCUGAUGGAAGCUUUCCCACCGCUUCACAGAGGGUUGCUCCUGUUGCAUCCUUUUACAAUGCUGCGGCUAUUCGUUCGGCUUAG